AAGAAAUUAUUGUAUAAUGUUUAUUCAUUUUUCAUAUUAAUGUUUAUGCUGGGUAUCUACAUCAUAGUACAAAUUGUGGACCUCAUCCAAAUUUGGGGCAAUUUACCUCUGAUGACUGCUACGAUCUUCUUGCUGUUCACAAACCUUGCUCUGGGGACAAAGGUAAUAAAUGCGAUAUGGAGAAAGAACACAAUUCUAUCAAUGUUAGAAGAGUCGAAUGAUGAAUUGUCUAAUGAGAGUAGGGAGCUGGGCAAGGAGAUUAUAAGGAGAUCUGACAGGGAGACCACCAAACAACUGGCCUUAUACUUCGCUUUAUCAUAUACAACCGUGCUUGGGUGGGCGUCGAGCGCAGAGAAAAAUCAACUGCCUUUACGAGCAUGGUAUCCAUACGACACGUCAAAAACUCCUACAUAUCAAUUGACCUACGCACACCAGACUAUAGCUGUAUCAUUGGCGGCCGUGGUCAAUAUAUGCUUGGACACCCUGGUUACGUCACUGAUAGCGCAGUGCCGCUGCCGGUUAAGACUGCUGGCGUUGUCUCUAAGGAAUUUGUGUGAUGACUUGGAGAUUUCCGAUAAGGGUGUCAUGACCGACGCGAGCAACACAAUCGUCUCUGAACGUCUACAAAACUGCGUGCUCCGACAUCAAACUGUACUGGCUCAGACCAGACUUUUGCAGACCUGCUUCUCGGCAUCUAUCUUCGCGCAAUUCUGCGUAUCUAUGGUCAUUAUAUGCGUGACAGCAUAUCAACUAGCGUUUUCAACCAGUUUCACGCGCGUCGUUUCUAUGGUUGCAUAUUUGACUGUUAUGAUGCUGCAAGUGUUUCUCUACUGCUAUCAUGGAAACCAGUUGGUUGAGGAGAGUGAAGGUGUAUCUGGUGCAGCAUAUGAUUGCCCCUGGUACACUUGCAGUUUACCGAUACGUCGGUCGCUUCUGCUACUCAUGACAAGAACUCGACGCGCUGCGCGGCUUACUGCUGCAGGUUUCACCGAAUUGUCACUAUCAUCUUUUAUGUCUAUAAUUAAGGCAUCGUACACUUUCUUCACUGUUCUGCAGCAAAUGGAAGAAUCUUGA